AUGGCCGAAAAGGCGGACGCCCACCAUGUGGAUGCACCAAAUACACUUCCUCUUUCAACAGAAUUGGUCGCUGACAAGUACGAGAAACCCUUGGCUGUUGACACCGUUCAUGGCGAUGAAGCACUGAAGAUCAUUGCUGCCGUUGAGGGGGACGAUACCUGGACCGGAAAGGAAGAAAAAGACCUUGUCAAAAAGAUUGAUCGGCGAUUGUUACCUGUCCUCUGCCUGGUAUACGGUAUUCAAUUCUAUGAUAAAGCAAUGCUGGCUUUGUUUGGACUCGAAGAGGAUCUUGAUCUCGAUAUUGGUAACCGCUUUGUGUUUUCGUCUUCCAUCUUCUAUCUGGGCUUCAUCGUCGGCGCCUAUCCUGCUAUAAUGAUGGCUCAACGUUGGCCCAUUGAGCGAGUGGCUACAGGCAUCACGUUUGUCUGGGGCAUCAUCGUCAUGUGCAGUGCUGCUUGCAAAACAUACGCCGGCUUCUACACACAGAGGUUCUUCUUGGGCGUUAUCGAGGCGGGUAUUUCGCCCAUUUUCAUGCUUGUCGUUGGGGGUUGGUACAAAAAAGAUGAACAAGCUUUGAGAAUGGGAGUUUGGUACAGCUGUACUGGUUACAUUUCGAUUGUCUCACCGCUUAUCAACUACGGCCUCGGACACAUCACAGGAGGCUCUUUGCACUCGUGGCAGUACAUGUACCUCUUCGCUGGUGGUGUCACAACACUGCUCUCGGUCCUUGUGCUAUUUUUUCUGCCGCCGGAUCCCAUACGCGCCAAACAUUUCACAGAUCGCGAACGCUAUAUCGCUGUGGCUCGACUCAGGGUCAACAACUCUGGUGUCCGAAAUAUACACUUUAAGCCGUCUCAGGUCUUCGACGCUUUGACAGAUAUCAGAUUCCUCCUGCUAUUCUUCACCACCUUCCUCAUGUUCUUUGCCAAUGGGGCGAACGCGACGAUGGCACCCAUUAUUGUCCACAGCUUCGGCUACUCCACACUCAAUUCCCUCUUGCUAGUUGUCCCUGCUGGGUUUGUGUCCGGGACCAUCGAACUGUUGGUCUGUUAUCUGGCAUACCGAAUCAAGGGAAUUCGAAUUUACCUCUUUGUCAUCUGCGUUUGCACCACCAUGUUGAGCUGCUUGCUUUUAUGGCAAUUGCCUCGGUCUGCCAAAGGUGGUCUCUUGUUCGCUAUUGAGAUCCUUCCUGCAUUUGGUGGUGGCUAUGCCAUCCUCAUGGGCCUACAGAUCGCCAAUACAGCGGGCUACACGAAGCGCAGUGUCACUGCAGCUGGGUUGUUCAUCGCCUGGUGUCUUGGCAACUUCACAGGGCCGCUGCUUUUUAAGAAGAAGGAUGCUCCCGUCUAUGCUCCAGCGUUUGCAGUCAUUGUUGCAGGGCUGGCCGCAGCGGUUGUGUUGGCCAUAGUGUACCUGUUCGUCUGCAAAUUCGAGAAUUCAAAACGAGACAAGAGCGGAAUGACCGAGGCUUUUGAGCACGCCUACAACGACGACUUGACGGAUAGGAAGAACAAGCAAUUCAGAUACGUGUACUAG